AUGGCGCCUCCGAGAUGGACAACGUCAGAAGAGCUCAAGUGGCUUCAGAAUGAGCUACCUGAGUUUCUAAAAAUGCAAAGAGAUCAGAAAUUGACUUGUUUCUACGAGCUCCUGUUUCCGAGGUGGUUUAGUCUGUUUCCGGAACACUUGAAAUAUUGGAAACCAACUGGUAAUCCUCCGCGCGAAGGGGAGGCAGUUGUUCAUCAGAAUGAUGACAGCAGUGAUGCUAAUAGUGACGAGAGCCGCCUGCUACUACUCACCCCAGACCAAGAAGCUGAGCUUGAAGGGGGAAAAGAGAUCCGGCGGAAAAAAUUAAGAGAAUGGUUCUGGAACCACGCAAAAAGCAAAACAACACUUGGCAACACGUCAACAAGCAAAGCCUUCGCUCAGCUACUGGGCCAGCGUGCUCGCGGUGUUCGUGACCUGAAAGAUAUUGAGGUAUACUCAAAAACACACUACAAAACGAAGAUACAAUCACUGGUCGAGGACGACAUCCAGCAAAACCAGCUCGAUUCCAAGAAGAGAAUUGGUGUUGUGCAGAAGUACACAAACACUUGUUUUGCGGCUGAAUCGGAAGAAGUGAAGGCGGAGAUUCAUGAAGAGACUGCACGGAUCAAUGCCUCCAGGAGAUUAGGAGGCAUUGGGCCAGGUAAGCGUACUAAAGAGGAAAUUUACCGUGCUAUUCAGGAGCUGCCCAUUGUCCUGGGACAGAUUUGCGAAGACCUGGCAGUACUGACGGGGGGUUGGCACUAUACUCUCGUUAUGGGGGGUCCUGACCCCAUGUGCCAAGGGGAUAUAAUGACUCUAAGUUUCCACCACGGCAAAGGUCAAGAUGGUCUCAGCUUCAAGGCUUCUAACCUGAACUUCCACGAGCAGUACCUUGCGCCAUUUGAAAAGCAUCUCAGAACCGUAUUUGGUCGGCCUUCAGCGGAGUCAUCUUCGUCUUCAUCAAUUUCGCAUCCACGUUCGCCAGCACCUUCUGACUCCGCAUCACUGAACGCCCAGAACAACUCAGAAGAACUACCUUCCUCCGUUGAAGCCAACAGCGACCUCAAUGCAGGUCCCAAUUUUUCUGGAAUGCACACCUUCCCUCAUGGCUCUCUGAUGGACCCCAAUUUUCCGGUCUCUGAGGCUGAUAUUGAGCAGUUCAUUACUUUGAUUCGUCCACUGACGGUUGAUAGCACAGGCGAUCAAUGGUGGCACAGCCAAAGCCAGGACAUGCAAAUGGCUGUGCCACCACUCAUAAACCCUCCUCUGGCUGAGGCUGGAUUGUCUAUCGAGUUGCCCAUGCAGAGCCAGAACAACUCGUUGGGGAGCCAUUCAUCCACCCCACCCCGUAUUCGCAGACCACGCUUGAAUGCCUUCCCAUCACCCUUUCCCAUGUCUCCUUGA